CACACCAUGAACUCUUGCUCCUUCAUUCUCUUCAUCUUUGCCACCAUAAUAUUCCUCCCGUGUUUACGUACCACCGAAGCUGCCUCAUGCCAUCCUGAUGAUGAGGCGGGUCUUCUAGCUUUCAAAUCGGGUAUAACCCGAGACCCUUCGGGUAUUCUCAGCUCAUGGAAGAAAGGAACUUAUUGCUGUUCUUGGAAGGGUGUCACUUGCGAAACCGGCAAUCGCGUCACCUUACUGUCAGUAGAGGGAUAUUCGGAUGCUGACGAAACAUUUCUCUCCGGCACUAUCUCCCCGUCCCUGGCCAAACUCGAGCACCUCAAUGAGAUUUACUUUAGCAAUAUCAAAAACAUCAAGGGAUCUUUUCCCCAAUAUCUCUUCAAAUUACCAAUGUUAAAGUAUGUUUACAUUCAAAACAUCCGUCUCUCCGGCCCCCUUCCAACAAACAUCGGCGCGUUAAGCCAACUAGAACAUCUCGAUCUUCAAGGAAACCAUUUCACCGGUCCAAUCCCGAUUUCUAUAUCCAAUUUGACACAGUUAACUCGACUCAACCUUGGUGGAAACCGCUUCUCCAGCACCAUCCCAAAUAUUUUCAAAUCUAUAAAAGAGCUUGGAUAUCUCAAUCUUUCCGGGAACAGAUUCUCCGGGGAACUUCCUCCGUCGAUUGCGUCACUCGCACGGAAUCUGUGGGCCCUUAGUGUGAGCCAAAACAAUCUAUCUGGAACCAUCCCGAACUAUUUAUCAAGAUUCAAGCUUCUCUCCGUAUUGGAUCUCUCCAAGAACCGGUACUCAGGUGUUGUGCCGACGAGUUUCACCAAUCUAACUAGACUUUAUGAUCUCAAUCUUUCCCAGAAUCGUCUUACCAAUCCAUUCCCUCCAUUGGACGUGAGUAGCAUGAGAUAUCUCGAUCUCUCGUACAACAAAUUUAGCAUGACAACAAUUCCGCAAUGGGUGACAAUGUUGCCGAUCAUCAACUCGUUGAAACUAGCUAAAUGUGGGAUCAAGAUGAGUUUAGACGAUUGGAAACCAGCCGCACCUUCAUCCUAUGACGUAAUCGAUCUGUCCGAAAACGAGAUCUCAGGGAGUCCAGCAUGGUUCCUAAACCACACCAUCUUUCUGCGAGAGUUUUGGGCGUCAAGGAACAAACUUCGAUUUGACAUGGGGAAAUUGACGUUGGAAAAUAUAAGAACCUUGGAUUUAUCAAGGAACUUGGUAUUUGGUAUGGUGCCGGCAACAAUAGCUGGAUUGCAGAAUCUGAACUUGAGCUACAACCAUCUUUGCGGAAAGCUUCCAACAACAAAGUUUCCAGCUAGUGCGUUUGCCGGCAACGACUGUCUCUGCGGCUCUCCACUGUCUCCUUGUAAACCUUUGCGGCAAAAAAAACGUUCUCCAAAAUAA